AUGUCCGUCACCGUCUCUGCUGUCACCUUCCAGACCGUCCUGAACGGCUUCUUCGAGGACAACUCGUUCGUUGCUGGUCCCGAGGCCACUGCCGCCGACGCCGAGGUCUUCAAGGCUCUGUCUGCUGCCCCCGAGGCUGCCGUCUUCCCCCACCUCGCCCGCUGGUACAAGCACAUUGCCUCCAAGGGUGAUGCCAUCAACUCGCUGAAGGCUGCCGAGGCCCCCAAGGCUGUUGCUGCUGCCGCCGAGGAGGAGGAGGAGGAUGACGACAUCGAUCUCUUUGGCUCUGACGACGAGGUCGACGAGGAGGCCGAGAAGCUGAAGGCCGAGCGCCUUGCUGCCUACCGUGCCAAGAAGGACGCCAAGGGCCCCGGACCGGCCGCCAAGUCGAUGAUCACAUUCGACAUCAAGCCGUGGGAGGCCGAUACCGACAUGGCUGCGCUCGAGAGCGCCGUCCGCACCAUCGAGAUGGACGGUCUCGUCUGGGCCCAGAAGGGACAGCUCAUCCCUGUCGCCUUCGGUGUCAAGAAGCUCCAGAUCAACGCCACCGUUGAGGACGCCAAGGUCUCGACUGAUGACCUGGCUGACAAGAUCAUGGAGUUCGAGGACUUUGUCCAGUCGGUUGACAUUGCCGCCUUCAUGAAGCUCUAA